GGUCUUCCACGUUUAUCGCGCCUCUCUGCCAAUUAACAACGGUAAAAAGUGAAAGACGCGCUGGGGGAUUCUAGAAAUCAAAUCUACCAAAUUGUGAAAAUAGAGAGCGAAAGUGACCAGCGGACAAAUAACAACAAAGUGUCUUGCUAAUUAGGCGUCACGCCACAACAACAAGUUGCGUCAAAGAAUUAUGAGCUUGUGGUGAUUUGCGAGUGUUUGCUCAAGUGACUGUGCCUUAGUUUAUGGUAACUGCAGGUGGAAACAUUUCCAUCUCCACUAGAUUGCCAAAACACUUUGCAAGCCAUGAAAAAUCAAUAAAAAUAAAAAGUACUUAUCGUAGUGGGAAAACUUCAAUAGUAAAUCCUGAUUGGCCGCAAAAAGAGUCAACACUGCAAAGAGAAACAACAAUUACGCGGAAAAUUAACGCCAAGCCAGCAGACAAGCUGCACUUGAAACAAUCUAAAGCUAACUGGAAAAUGUAUAAACAAACAUAGAGGGGGCAGGGGCUGGCGAAACAACUUUCAGCCGCGGCAAAAACUACAGUUAAGAAGAAUAUUUGCUGGAGCAACGUGCGAAUGCAGAGGAAGCCACCAGAUACAAGAUACAGCCGCUAUUGCAGCGCAAAAAGUCAACGACAACUGAACGAAACUGGCGAGAGGGAAACGCCAGACAGGGAAAGAGAAAAAGAGAGAGAGAGACCGGUCCGCUGUUAGACCCGGCCAUGAUCUUGGCCAGCGGUUUGGGCCACAACACGCUCAGUUGUCCGCCAGUCGCGCACGCAUGCGCACACGAAACGCGCUAACAGGUGAUUUUCAUAUCCACCAGAUACGAGAUACUAGAUACGAGAGACGGGAUAAAUACAAGUUACAAGAUACGCGAGCUGCAAACCGUUAGGCCGUAGGUGUGCCGCGAUGAAGUAAUUGCUAGCUAGAUAACCAAGUAACGCAAAUAGAAAACGCGCUAAAUGCGGCAGCGAAAUUCCAAACAAACGAGUCCAAAGUAAACAUGCGAAGAAAGUAAUAAAAAACCAACAAAACUGAAUUAAGACGGGGCAAAACAAAUCGACAGAAACCCAUUAACAAUCAAUGGAAUUGUGUUUGUGUGCUAAAAAGAUUGAUUUGUCAAUUGGCUUACAAUUUUGCCAAUAAAGCCGGUCAUUGUGUCCGCCAGAGCUCAAAGUUCCUGAGCACGUAGCUAGGGCGAAACUGGCUAGAUAAACAGUUUGGGAACACGUAAAUUGCACCCACAAUUGCAGGUUGAAGGUGUGAAUUACCCACCAGCAGUGCUAACUGCUAACUGGAAGAGUGAAAACGAGACCCGAAAACGAAACUGAAAAUGCCCAAGACACACAGUGAUCUGCUCCGUAAUUGGACCUCGGGUGAGAGCCGGAGGCAGUGGACAUCCUCUAGUAGAAAUCGCACCUGCAAUCACAGCAGCAAUCCAAAUCGAAGUCGCAGCCUCCCAUGGUCGAGCAUGGUCGGAUCAAAAACCAGCCUGCUGAUUUUCCUCCUCUCAAUCUGCCUAAUAAACGCGGUAGCCAAGGCGGAUGAGACGGCUCGAAAUGGUGGCCGUCGUGGCCGUCAUCUUUCCACCACACCGCUGGGUCGCCUGGAAACGGAGACCGCCGAGGAGGUGACGGAGUCGGCCACAGAAUCCGAAACGGAGUCUUCUACAACGGAACUGCCGCCGGAAGAAUGGCAACCAGUACUGAAUGCCACGGAUCAGCCGGCCAGGAAGCAAAUGGAUAAAAUAGCACCCACCGACUCCCUGCUUCUCCGCCUGGCCAGGCGCUUUACCAGUGGCAACGAGCUCUGGGAUGGACUUGUUCGCGAUUGCUAUCUAAAGCCGGACAUCUCGUGCUUCCAGAAGAAUGUGUUCAGCUAUUUGGAUGGUGCUCUGGAUGUGCAGGAUGUCAAUGUGACAGAGAGACUCAAGUUUUUCAAGAACAAAGUUCACUACGAGGUCGAGAAGGAUAAGGAGGAGCACUCGGAGGCACGUGCCGCAGCCAGUCCGGAAACCCCGAUCGAGGAAGUGACCAGCGCUCUAUAUGGAAAGAGCAUCCAAUUCGCCAUGACCCACGAUCUGGAGGUGGACUUGCCGGAGGUAAUGUUCAACGGCGCCACAUUUCGCAUCUCGCCGCGGGCCAUCGAGGGAAAUGGAAUCAUUGCCAAGCUGGAGCUGAUUCCCAAACAGGUAGUCAAGGCCCGACUGGCUGGCGCGAUAAUCCAGAAGAAGAUACAAAAAUUUCUACGCAGCAAACUGGUGUUGUCAUUCCUCGCCUUGCUGCUCAUCAUCAAGAUCAUCAAGAUCAAGCUAUUCUGGCUGCUGCCGAUCAUCAUUGGAGUCGGAGCCGCCAAGAAGCUGCUGUUGAAGUUCCUGCUAUUCCUGUUCCCGGCGCUGUCGCAUCUCUUCAAGCUCUGCUCCUAUUACCAGCAGUCCUAUCACGCACCACCCAAAUACCACCACCACCAUCACCUCAUCGAUCAUCAUCAUACGGUGGUCCCCCCAUGGCACAGCGGAGAGCAUCAUUCCGGUCCCGAGCUCAUCUACACGCACCCGCCAAAGGGCCAUCCGUCCGCCUAUCUCCAUGGAGCGCCCGUUCACGAGAGCUACGGCCCAGGAGGAUUCGAGCACUUCGAGGGAGCCUGGGAGAACAGUGGUCCUGGACUAGGUUCCGAAUACAUAGGCGAUAUUAACCGCGCUGCACAAAUUGAGGAUAAUGCGCAUUACUUUAAGCCCAACACGGCUAACGAUGCCGGGGUUUUGCAUGCUUGGGGCCUGGGCACCACACAGGUACAACAGCAGCCACAUCACAUACAGCAGCAGCAGCAUCAGCGAUGGCCUGCCACCCAGCAGGCCAGGCCACCAACAAUUCAGCAAAAACAUCAUCAACAGCAGCACCAGCACCAGCAGCAGCUCAAGCUACAGCUGCAACAGCAAUUAGGUGCUCAGAAAGCACAGCCCUCUAGUCACAGUUUAAACCCAUUUCAAAGUCAGGACCAACAAAGCUCAAGGCCGUCACAUACGCAGCACCAUCCGGUGUUCGUUCCAGGACAUCAUCCGCCACAGAACGGGCCAGGACUUACGGCAGCAGCACAAAUAGCCGCACAGUAUGAUCCCGCACGCAACAAUCAGCAGCAACAGCAGAAACAGCAACAGCAGACCUUGCAGGAGCCACAACUUUCGCCUGAACUGGCCGCCCAGCUGAAGGAGGCCAUUCGGAUUCAGGCAGAGCAGCGCCUGAUCCAGCAGCAGCAGAAGAUACUGGAGCAUCAGCCAUUCGUGCAGGAUGGACAGCCACUGUACCCGCUCAACUAUGAUCCCUUCUACAGUCCCAUUCUGCUCAAAAUAGACAAGAUUGUCGAGCAGCUGGGCGUGAAGAAUGACCUGUGCAAGGAGCGCAUUGUUUGCAGUAUGUACAAGGAUCCGGCCACCUAUAGUCCGCACAGCAAUUUCGUUUCCGCCGAGCUGAGUCGCGACACCAGCGAACUGGAGCCCGUAACGCAUGCGAAUGAGGCAGUGCGUCGUUUCUACCGGCUAAUUCAGGCUGCUCGGGAUGGCCAGGAUCAAAAGGACUGCCAGAGCCUGUAUCCACAGUGCAAUAUGCCGGCCAAGUGAGCCGCAGGGAGUCUGCAAGUCGCAGAGAAGCAGAGUCGAGCUACUUUGAAGUCAACUUUUUUCCUUGUUAACAAAAAAAAACACGAACUGUAAAUAGGAUAAUAACCGUACUUUAAGCAUAAUUUAUUUGUUAAACUCUUAUUUAUUUAUUUAUUUAUUUAUUGUAGACUAAUGGUUUUCCUAGUUGCUAUUAAUUAAAGCUCUUCUGCUAUUCGACAGCCGAAUUAAUAUUUAUUCUGAUUUUGUUCACGAUUACCUACACAUUAUAUAUUAUUUAUUAAAAUUGGCUGCGGUCAGAACACUUUUUAAAUUUCUCACCCACAACUCACUCGCACGCAUAUAUAAAAUUCUCUUUUAAAAAUCAAAAAUAAUGAAAUCAGAAUAUUUAUUAAUUGCCGGCCAGACGGAUGUGGCUCCAAAUUCACUUAGUCAAUACGAAAAAAAUUGUUAAUAGAGUAUUUUUCUG